AUGAGGAGGGGGGGAGGAGGAGAGAGAGGCCACAAAAAGCUGCGCGUGUGUGAGAAAGAGAGAGAGAGAGAGAGAGGAGGAGAAAGAGGGGGUUGGCUUUAGUGUGAUGUGAAUGGAAUAGAAUCAGCACGAGAGAGAGAAAGAGGGAGGAGGACGGCACAAAUCAACCUGCCUCUUGACUUUAACAACAGAAUAGAGUAGCCUGUAGACACAGAGAUCGGGAAGUGUGCGCGUCUUCGGUUGCUUUAUUUUUAUUUUUGGAGAGAGGAAGAGAACGGCAGACAGGAGGAACUGAGGGAGGAGGAGAAAGAGCCUCACCGUGGAGAUAGAUAGCAGAAAAAUGCUGUCAUGGGGAGAGAAGGGGAGGGAGUCGACAGAGAGGAACAGGAUGAAACAAGGCAGGGUCGAGCAGAGCUGAAAUGUGGAGGUGGCCAGAGUACCAGACCAAAAGAGACGCAGCAGGCACUAAAGAGUGCAGACAAAUGGAUGCCAUGUUACAAGGGUUGAUAGAGACAGAGCCUCUCUUACACAGAGGACAGAGAGUCGGACUCCAGUGAUGAUCCUUUCAUCCCUACUCCGCAUGAAGGAGCACCCCGCAACUGGAGUACCACAAAACACACAUCUGCACACCCGCACAAACCCCUGCAAUGAGACACAGCUGAAUAUUCUCCUCAAUCUUCCUCAUUUACGCUCUUUAAGAACUCGUUGACUUGAGGUAACAAAGUGUGGCACCUCACAGAGGCAUCAAUGAGAGCUCAAGGGCUGACGAAGUUCAACCAUCUUAAGUGGUGUGAAUGAGGACUAUAUUUGUUGCUUUCACUCAGAGUGGGUUUUCAUCUUCGUGCACAGUGUUCCUGUUUCACACCAGCACCAUAGAGACCAGGACGGAAAUUUAACUGGGAGAGCAGGAAGCUCUGGAUCAGAGUGGAGAAGAGAUUAUUGGACCCGGUUUCUCAGGCACCAUGCAGUCAGAUGACCUCUUCAUCCGCAAGUUUCGCCGUCAGAACAUGCGGCCGCCUAUUGCCACCGUCAACUUUGACCCAAAACGGGAAGCAGGUGUAGUGGAGUGGCCGCCCAGGAGGGAGGGGGAUGGAGCUGCUGAUGGAGACAGCCUCACUCCGAGCCGUGUGGGGCUGAACCUGAGGUCGGUGGGCCGGGGUCACAUCAUGCAGAGAAGUAACAGCGAUGUAACCUUAGGUGACUUGGACUCAUCUGCGAAGGCAGUGGGCAAAGCAGCUCGAGUAGUUGGUGAGAAGGUGGGUGCAGGGGCUCAGGGCGACUCAGGUGUGCUGCUACACAGGGAAUAUGGCAGCUUAUCUUCACUGGAGAGACAGAGUCAAGCCCAGGAGUUGAGCACUGACGACCAGGGGCCCCUGAGUCCAAACGCCCUCCGCUUCAAAGACCCUUUCCUGCUUUUAGGACUGCAGGGCAAUCCUCCAGAGCCUGAUGGAUUUUUUCGGGGGCUGUCUGUUUCCACAGGAGACUCCCCAAAACCUGCCAAGCCACCGAAGCCUGAAGGUCUAAGUAAGAAGACCAAACCUGUGCCCCCUCAGAUCCCUCAACCAGGUCCGUAUGACAACAUUGGUGGUGGAGCCUGGGUGAGGAACUUUGCCCACUAUGAUGUUCAGAGCAUCCUGUUUGACCUCACCGAGGCAGCCACAAACAGAGACAGCAUUGGACGGAAAAAGAAUAUCACCUCAGGGGCUUCAGCCGCCUCCCAGCUGCGCCCCCUGUCUCAAGCCUCCCCAUCCUCACCUGCACAGGGCGGGGGAGGCAACGGGGGGAAUGCAGAUGACCCCGAGCAGUCGCUGCUGCUGGACGAAGGCGAUGGCAAUGACAAUGAGCUCCUACUCAGCUGCCCCCACUUCCGCAAUGAGACGGGGGGAGAAGAGCAGGUGGGUCUGGGCAGAUCCCAGGAGAGGCGGGGACUCUGGUCGAGCCUGCGAACCCCAAACGAUGCAGUGUCGGUCCUGGAGGAGCCCAGAGAGAGUCAUGUCCAACAGCAGGGCAAGAGCAACUACUUUAUAGAGCAUGCAGAUCUGGGAGCCCAUUACUAUCGCAAAUAUUUCUACAUGAAAGAACACCAGAAUUUCUUCGGCAUGGACGAUCGCCUCGGUCCAGUGGCCAUCAGCUUCCGUCGAGAGGAGAAAGAAGGAUCCAGCGGAGCUCAGUACAAUUACAGAAUCAUCUUUCGCACCACAGAGAUGAAGACACUGCGAGGUUCCAUCUUUGAGGAGUCAGUGCCUUCUGCCGCCCGUCACACGACCCCUAGAGGCUUGUCUCCCAAGAGGCUGCUGGAGUUCAUCAUGCCCGAGCUGAACCUGCACUGCCUUCGCUUGGCCUCAAACUCCCCCAAGGUCCGGGACACCCUGCUGAAGCUGGAUGAACAGGGGCUGAACUUCCAGCGAAAGGUCGGGGUAAUGUACUGCCGGGCCGGGCAGAGCUCAGAGGAAGACAUGUACAACAACGAGAGCUCGGGGCCAGCGUUCGAGGAGUUUCUGGAUCUGCUCGGGGAGCGGGUGCGCCUGAAGGGCUGGGAGAAAUACCGAGCUCAGCUGGACAACAAGACGGACUCAACUGGGACACAUUCCCUCUACACGCGGUACCAGGACUAUGAGAUUAUGUUUCAUGUGUCGACUAUGCUGCCCUACACGGCCAACAACACACAACAGUUGCUGAGGAAACGACAUAUCGGUAACGAUAUCGUGACAAUCGUGUUCCAGGAGCCAGGAGCCCAGCCUUUCACUCCAAAGUCCAUCCGCUCCCAUUUCCAACAUGUCUUCAUCAUCGUUCAGGUUCAUGAGCCCUGCACUGACAACACCUAUUACAGAGUGGCUGUGACGCGUUCAAAAGACAUGCCAUUAUUUGGCCCACUCUUCCCUAAGGGCGCCCGAUUCCCUCGCUCGCUCGCGUUCAGAGACUUCCUCCUGGCGAAGGCAGUGAAUGCUGAAAACGCUGCGGAGAAGUCAGAGAAGUUUCGCUCCAUGGCCACCCGCACGCGGCAGGAAUACUUGAAGGACCUGGCUGAAAACUAUGUGACCACCACACCCAUCGACUCCUCCACCAAGUUCCCCCUGCUCUCUCUGGGAGGCAAGCGCAAGGACAAGCUGAAGGGCGCCAAAGGUGCCGAGUUGCACAGCGCCGGGGCGCUGGUGUGGGCUGUGAUGGUCAACAUGGAUGAAGGGGAGGCGGGAGAGCACAGGCUUCCCUGUCUGCUUGGGGUGUCGGCUGAGUCAGUGGUGCUCAUUGAAAGGUGCACGCGCAGGGUGGUGUUUAACUGCUCCUGUCGAGAUGUCAUCGGCUGGAAGGCAGUGACAGAAACUAAGAUGGGGGGGCCCUGCUUGGAUAUCUUCUAUGAGCGUGGGGAGUCAGUGUCAAUCAGUGUGAUGGAGAGCCAGACGGAGGAUAUACGAGAGGUGGUGCAGAGGCUAGAGCUGGUCACCCGGGGCUGUGAGGCUUUGGAGGUCACCCCUCUGCGUGACGGAGUCGGGCAGCCCGGCUUCCUGAUGAACGAGGAGGGUUUUGUGACGGAGCUGCAGCGGUUCUGUUAUGCCGAGAGCGGAGGCCUUCAGUUGUCGGCUCGCGUGGUGCGCCUGUGCGGACACUCGCUGGUUCACCUGACCCCCGAGGAGAGGACCAGGCUGCUCCGCACCGCGCACAAGAUCCACAUCACUGUCAUCCCACCGGACGAGAACGGCAAGCCUCGCAGAAGUUUCUCUGAACUGUACCAGAAAGCAAUCAAGGAUGCUGAGUGCAAGCCUGGCGAGGAUCAGUCUGGAGAGGCCUGGGUGCUGGACGAGAGGGAAGAAGAGGAGGAGGAGGAGGAGGAGGAAGAGGAGGCAGAGAGGGAGGCGAGGGAGGACAAUCUGAAGGCGGGUGGUGUCAGUGAAGCGGACAUAAUAGAGGUCCAGGUGGAGGCCGAGGAGGGCGAUGGGCAGUCGUGUGAUAAAGGGCAAAGUGAGAGAAGUCACAGCUCGCUCCUCACACCGCCCAGCUUACCUUUGUUACGGGCCACUUCUCUGCAGGACCAGCCAGCCAAUCAGAGCCAGGAGGACAGCACCUCGCAGCUCACACGCAGCUGCUCUUUGGAGAGACAGCCGUCCUACGGGGACACGUGUGAUGGGCACGUGUACGACAACAUGGGGCUGAAGGGGCACAUCUACGAGAACGUCGGCGAGCUGAGGGAUGCCACACCUGAUCUGAUCCUGGCUGUCAAACCCAAGGUCUCCCUGGAGGACGAACAGUUUAUGGGGGCUGAGUUUGGCGAGGACAAGGCUUCAGCGAGUGACUCCUCUUCCCGGCUGUCAUGUGUCGAUCGAGCAGAAAGAAAUUCACGAGCCCUAAGUCUUCAUAACUCCAUCACCAAGAUUCUUUCAGAGACGACAGAUUCAACUGAGGAGGAGUGGCAGUCCAUUGCUGACCUGGCCACAGCCUGCCGCAGCAUCCUGGAGGCUUUGUCACGAGAGGACCGUAAAGCCGGUGACCCCUCCCAAGCAGGAGACCAGACAGACGGCAAGCUGAAAGACUCAAAGGAGAGUGACUCUCCAGGCCACCUAGAAGAGAAGGUAUCGCAGCUGGAGGCCAUGCUGAGGAAGCUGCAGGAUGACCUGCAAAAGGAGAAAGAGGACAAGGCGGUGCUGCAGGCCGAGGUGCAGAGCCUCAGGCAGAACAACCAGCGGCUGCAGGAGGAGUCGCAGAGCACAGUGGCUCGCCUCAUCAAAGUCACCGAGCUGCUGUGCAACGUCAACAAGCCCUGUUAGCUCCACCACUGCACGCACAAACACACAAAUCAGCAGAAAGAUACAAAUCGCGCAGCGUGCGUGUGCGUUCAGUAUUCUUAUUUUGUUCAUGCAUACUUGCAAAAGCACCCCCACGCACAAGUAUUCUCUUCAAUCUGUGUUUUACCACAGUCUCAAUCCUGAAUCCUGGACCUGCCUGCUGGUGGGGGAGUAUGCAAAUCAACUAAUGAAAAAAAAUGACAUUCUCAACAUCCCAUGACUUUCAUAGACUGACCAAUGUGCAGCUCUCAGGCUGCUGUGUUGGUGUGCUAUGCCAGAGUGCUUCUCCAGGUGUAUAUGAUACAGUAUGUGCGUGGAAGUGUGCCGCAUGUGUGCGUAGGUGUGUGUGUGCGUCCGUAUGUGUGCAUCUCUUACUGUACCUUGCUUCAAAUACUUGACAAGCUCGGCUGAAUAGCACUUACAUAAAAAAGUGGCAAUUAAGACUGAGAGACACUGUAUAGCAUGUUUGGAGGUGUCUUAUCGGAAAUGACCAAAAGUGUAUAUAUAUCACCAAUAAUAUAUGUGAACAGUAGUAUUGCUAUCCUCUCUGCCAGACUGUGUAGUCGCAAUGUGUGAGUGUGGUUCUGCCUGGCGCUGAUAGUGUGGAAGGCCUUGAAACAAAACACAACAAGAAAAAGGGGGGGGGAGGGGGCAUGACACUGACAAGCCUGCAGGCAGCCUUCUACUUCAAAAGACGUAAUGAUGCUAACUGACUCUCCUCAGAGCGAGGUCCGUUACAUAAGGACAACAUUCUCUGCCCUCUUCACUUCUCAGUAGUACUGUAUUUAAGAAAUUUAAAACAAAAUCCAUAAAUGAAAAGGACACACAAACUGGAAAUGUCCCCCUCCCCCCCCCCCCAAUAAGAGAACUGAGCAUGCUUGUUCCUCUUGGAAGUAUGUAUGAAACCAAUAUUGAAGCGAUACUGAAAAGGGUCAUACCUCUGCUGAAGACACAGACAAUGGCAGGAAAGAGCUGCUUCAGUUUCCUUCCAUGAUUGCCUGUAGCUGUUUUCUUCUAACCUCACUAUUGUAGCAGCCAUACUGUAGAAGAUCUCCUCCUGCUGGCCAGAACCACAAAAUGCCAAAAGGCAGCUUUUCUUUCUUUCAGCUGGCAAAAUAGCUUUAGGUGUCUGAAUAAAACACCUUGAACUAAUAGUGAAAUACAGAGUAUUGUAUUUAAAUAUGUUUUGUGUUUGGCGGCUGUCUACAGUGACUAUUUUGGGUAAUUGUUUAGUAUGGCUUAUGAGUGGUAGCGGUAAGGACAAUAGGUGAAAUCUUACCAUUCCACCCUGAUGUGUGUUUCUGUGUGUUUCUGUGUCGUUCUUGCAUCUUUUUUGUUUUGUUUUGUUGUUGUUUGUUUUGGUAAAAUCAGCACUGGACAGGGCACAUACUGUACUCUAUUUAGCCUGCCCAGGUUAUGUCUUGCUCAGCAUAAGAAGGUGGAUAAGAUCUCAUCCCCCUGACACCACCUUACCUCACCUUUUUGUGUCCACUGCUGAUGGCGCCAAUAACAAACGUGUGUUCAGAGGAGUCAGACUGCUUCUCCUUAGUGCCAAUGAAAAAAGCCCUGGCAGCUCUCCCGAAUCCCAUUGAAAUCAAACAGAACUGACUUGACCACAAACUAAACCCCAACUACAAACUCUUAACUCUGACAAAAAGGGAUGCCAAACGUUCGCCAGUCACUCGGACUCUCUUGUUUCUUGUACAGACUUCCUCUUGUAAUUUUAUUUUAGAGUCACUGUGAAUACCUGGUACCAGCAUAUUAAGAUACAGUAUAUACAGAAUAAAUUAUGAAUCUAAACUUUAUCAGUAUGUGAAGACACUGUAUGUACAGCUGAAGUGUUCCAUGUUACUUAGUGCAUUGGGUUGUGUACGCCCUCCUUUUGCAGGAUGAUUAUGCAGACAAGUGUUAAUCGUGGCCAUGCGGGCUCCUGUUUCAUCUCCUGUACAUGCUGAAGCCUCAUGACUGAACAGGGAAAAUGUUGGUGUGAGAAGACCUGUUUUACUGUGUCUUGUAUAGUUAUUUAGAUUGUAGGAGGUUGGUCAAGCAUGAGAAUGUGCCAAGCAACUUCCAAGCUCCCCUCUAUAUGUGUGUAUGUAUAAAAAUGUAACUUAUUAAUCAUGCAAAUGUGGAUUUUCUUGUAGCUGUUUAAACUGGAGGGAAAUCUCGAGGAGAAAAUGUGAAUUACGGCAGAAAGGAAAGGCAGGCUUGGUUAUAAAUUUUAGUUUCUUUUGUAGAAAACCAACAACAAUAUGACAUGACAAAAUACUAUCGGCAAAUCUUGCGUAAUGAUACUAUGGUUCCUAUUAUCAUUCUAGUAUUGAGCUAUUUCUGCUAUAGCUCUUACAUAUUUAAUAAGGUCUUAAAACACCAUUAGGUACGCCUUAAUGAGUGAAACUCUUCUUUUAGAAUGGAUGGUCAAACUGGUAUUGCUGGUGUUAUGUGAAGGCUUAUUUCUCUGACUUUGUGCCUACAUGAAAAUGUAAUGUAUGUUAACCCAGCUUAGUGACCUCAUUUCUUUGUCUUUGGUUGCUUUUACUGAGGUUUUUUAGUGGCAGAUGAAGGAUUUUCUAAGAGACCGCCACAACAUCUGGUCUUUCAUCCGCUGUGCGAGGAAAAGUCAUUGAGUAACACAUGAUCCGACAGAAAAGAUAAUAAUAAUAGAUGUGUGUUGUUGGUCUGAAAAAAAUCACUGAAGCUCAAUGAGUACCACCGAUUGUUCAAAGAAGCAAACCGACAAAUAUAUGGUGAUGUUUAAAGGGGAAUUAAAAAGGGAAAAGGUGCUUAAAAUGACUGAUGAUGAUGCAUUGAAAUGAAGUUUAAAUGAAUGUGUUGAAUGGCGUAUGCUUCCCCUAAGGGAUGAUUAUUUUGGUAUUUAAAUAUUUAAAAAUAAAUUGUCUCAGAAAAUCAAA